ACGAGACACAUAAUUACUGAAUUAUUGAAAUACCCUGUUUUGUAAACAUUUAUAUUAAAACUUGGCCAUAUAAUGCUUGAUGGAUUUUAUGCAAGGCAAACUUCCUAGUUUUAUAUUUUUAAGCAAAGAUGUCGUUUAGUGGAUGUUUAACGUCAGCUAAUGAGGCUGCGGAGGCGUCAGCAAUGGAGAUGCAAAGAAACGCAGACGACACUGACGGAAACUCAUCACGUGACGAUGAGGACGAGAAAAACAGGGUUUUCUGGCCAAAAUGUUUACUUCUGAUGCUAGCGGUUAUGAUGUUACUGGCUGGCAUUGUUGCAGUGAUUGUUGUCGUUGAUAAAGAUGAUCCAGAACCAAGGGGUAAAGUCAUACCUGAUCCAAUAACACAUGAGGAGUGUAAGAGUAGACUAUUUUAUCUUGGAGAUAAAUUGAACUUUACGUGUAUCUUUGACACCACACACGAGUACAGAAAAAUACUGACGAAAGCGAAAAAAGUUGAAGUUAUACCGCAAAACAAGGUUCUAGCAAACAACUUAUUUACGUAUUUUAUGAAUAUUACUGACGACGUUUCAAGUCGUUAUGAAUUAACUAUCACAACCGAAUCACGUGCUAAAUGUAGUUCAAAUGGGACAUAUGACGUCAUAUUCAAAGAUGAAAAGAACAAAGCUAUACACUCGGCAAAUGUUAGAUUCGCAAUAAAAGGUAAAUAACUAAUCAUAAACAUA